AUGGACAUGAUAAGAACCUUCAAAAGUACUCAUCCGUCAAAGGAAUACGAGGAGUUGUCUGAACAAGUGAUAGCUUAUGCUCACGGUCUUCCAUCAGCUUUAGAAGUACUAGGUUCCUUUUUAUGUGGAAAAAGUGUAAAUCAAUGGGAAAGUGCUUUGGAUAGGCUGAAGAAGUAUCCAAACAAGGACAUUACGAAAGUACUUCAAAUCAAUUUUGAUGGACUUGAGGAUAUAGAGAAAAGUAUUUUCCUAGAUAUCGCAUGCUUCUUCAAUGGAUUUGAAGAAGACAAUGUUAUUCAAAUUAUGGAUAGUUGUGGUUUCUUUCCAGAAAUCAGGAUAAGAGUUCUUAUUGAUAAAUCUCUCCUACAUGUUGACAAUGAUGGCAAAGUUUGGAUGCAUGACCUAUUGCAAGACACGGGAAAGGAAAUUGUACGGGAAAAAUCUCGCAAUGAACCUGGAAGAUGCAGUAGAAUAUGGGAUUAUGAUAAUUUACGUCACGUUUUAGAGUAUAACAUGGUAAGAGGUUUUCUAACAUAA